AUGUGGGUUGCAGCGGCACCGUUGCCGUACUACUCGGCGUACAAGGAUACGAAAGAGAAGGUGAAGGCGAAAAAGAAGGCCGAAAAGGAAGCCGCCAAAGACGCGAAGGAAGGCCUGUCCCUCUCCCGCACGUCUGACACCCUGGCAUCCGGCGCUGAGGCCUCGAGACCGACAACCUCGGCCGCCCCUACAUCAUCCACCGGAAUCCCACUGCCAACUCUCCCCAACCUUUCCGCCGACCUUUUCGAACCCGCCAUCGAAGGACCUCCUUCUCCCCGAAGACUUCGCGCACUCAGCAACAAAGUGAAGCAAGCGUCCUCUGCCGAUAACAAACAUCGUAGCCAUCACCCCUCAUUCUCCACCUCUUCCGCCCUCCACCACCCUCACAACGCGGAGCGCCCUGCAUGGGACCAAGUCAUAGAAAACAUCUCACUCUCUCGCCGUUCCUCGGGCCGCUCCACUACCAGCAGUAUGCCGUCGCGCGAACGACCGGACAGUGUCCAGAUCUUGGGCAAAGCCAUCUUCACCAGGAAGAAUCGGUUGAGGCGAGAGAGCAGUGCUAACAGUUCGUCCGGGAGCUCACUCUACUCGGCGGAAAUGCAGAUGGACGGCCCCGGCGGAUAUGGCAAUAAGGAGCCUUUGAUACCAGCCCUCUUUAGCCGUAGUCGAAAGGCUGCCAAAUCUGACCCUUAUGGUGACUCGGUCAUGGCCCACCCACCGUCCUCAGGCAAGCCGUUGAUCUCGGGUCCCUACAACUUUCAGCACGUUACUCACACUCGGCGCGAUCACCUUCCAACACUGCAGCGCGCGAGCCGUAUGGAACUAGUUGCCGAGUUCUCAACGCUAAAGUCGAUGCCUCAUCCCACCGACAUCCCCUCCGAGGGUAGCUACAUGACAAAUGCUCACUUUGCGGAAACGGAAACCCACACGCGGCCCUUUGGAGAUCGACCAUCACUUCGAACCAGGCACACGGCACCCAACGCAGGACCUCGUCGCCUUGUAAAGGCGUCGAAAUCGCAAGAAAAUCUUCGCGCUAUCCCUCCCCGGCCUCCCCGGCCCCCUCGCUCACCCAUAAUCGAGUCCCAAGAAUCGCAAUACCAGGCGCCACCGAUUCCGCCACCUCGGCUCUCGAGCCGACAAUCUAUCCGAUAUGGAGGGUAUGACAUGGCGGAGGUUGCCGCCGUCGAGCGCCCACUAACAAGCGGAGGGGGUUAUAGCCAACCCGAGCAUUUCCACUUUGCACAGGAAAUGCACGGGUCGUACGCUCCAUCUCACGGUUAUUACCCCGAACCUAUGGGGUAUGAGGAGCCACUGCCCCAAAGCCAUUACCUUCAUGCAGUAACAACCCACGACGAUGAGGCGUGGCCACUUACGCCACCUGUCCCCCUUCCACCCACCCCGCAAACCCUAACCGAGGUGCCAGAGGAAGAGGAGCCUCGAGUCCCGAAGAAAUCGCGCUCAAGCGUUCUGAGCACUAGCUCGUCAUUACGACGGAGCCGAUCCGUUCCCCAGAUGCGCCACUUAGUGGACGAGCAUGAACCCCGCACCUCUCACCGCCGGCCGCCGAGCUCUGGCUCAGAUACUUUAGGAAGAUUUGAUCUAUUCGCUGCUCAACGAGCCCUCAGGGCCGCCUCUAGAGAAGAAGAAGUACCGGACGCGUUUGGCCGUAAUUGGGAGGACGACAUCGAUUUCUGCUACGAGCAUGAGCUCGAGGCGGACUGCUAUUACGAAUGGUCUCAAGGCUCGAUGAUGGGCGGCCUCGAUGACGAGGGAGGGCCGACCCCGAUGAGGUUGGAAACUUUCCAAUCAGAGCAGAGUUUCAACUCUGGAAGCACACCCGACGCCACGUCGGGUGCUCACCCCGACCGCGCCGGCCGUGCUCGUAACGUCCAACUUUUCGCUCCCCGCAAUGACAGUGGCCUCCAACUCCAGAGGCCGCGGGCCGACUCGCGCGCGUCGAGCUUCAAGGAGUCCCACGGGUUUCACCUCUCACCCUCCUUGCUCAUCCCAACGGACUACCGGCAGCAGAUGAUGAUGUGCGAGGCUGACAUGUACGACAACGACGGUGCCAUCUACAUCGGGGGCUAUUCCGCUUUCAACGACAAAAUUUCACCCGCUCACCCUCCCAGCACUGUGGAUAGGGUGAGCACUUCGACCAUUGGAACCGACUCGACAGGGAGGUCGGGAAGCACUACCGACGAGCCGCACAAGUCGAUGGCGUCGGCGUCAACUUCCUUUACUAGGUUCACCGCCGAGCACGCUGGUAACUGGAGCCCUAAAAGCGAGGCGCCGCCGAACGAGUGCAGCUUUGUCGAGCAGUUCGUUCCCGGACCCGUUCCCGCGGCUCAAUCCUCGAUGGACUUUGAGACCGCCGACCUUGCCCAGGCGCCGAAGCUCAAGUCUCGCUUGGACAUUGGUCGCCCGCGAGCGAAGACGACGAGUCUCACAACGCCCCUCCCUUCGGGGGCAAAUUCUCCCUCUUUCCCCGCCCGGACGCGAUGA